CAUCCUCGUCCACCGGUGAUCUACAGCCACAAGAAGAUGCUUGGCUCACCACCUACUAUAAGGUCUCUUGCUUCAUCUCAUCAGUCUGCCAUUCCAGCUUCAAUAUCAAGAGUUAAUCAGGUAGAUGCAGCAAGAUUGGACAUUGAAAUGUCGGCAAUGCUAAAGGGACAGUUGGUCAAGGUUUUCUCUUUGAUGAAGGAAUGCUAUUUCAAUAUGAGCCAGAACUUGAUGCUUUCUUGGAGUUCCUUAUCUGGCGUUUUUCUAUCUGGGUUGAUAAAGCCUACACUGGUAAUGCUCUAAUGAAUUUGAGGUAUAGAGAUGAACGUGCGGUUGAAGUGAGAGGAAAGGUUAGAUAUCGUCUCUUAAUUAAUCCUUUUAUCACUUUGUGUAAGUUGCAGCUAACAAACGCUUCUUUAUUUACUGUUCAAAACGAAAAAAGUUGCUCUUAUAAAAAUCCUUUUUUUCUAUAUUAAUCAGUUGGAUGCUAUGUUGUUACUUGCACUAAUUUCACUAUUUUCUUCAAUUGCUGGUGUUGAAGUUGUUCAAAUUUGGGACAUUUAAUGUUUCUAGGUCUUGGGAAUUGGGACGUGGAGAGAAUAGUUGUUGAAAAACUUAUUAAAUGCUUAAGGUUAACGUUCAGGCAUUCACUUUGAUUUGAGGCUGAGUGCAUGGUUGAUAGCAUGAAUUAGAACUUUUUACUUAUUUAAAAGAGUUCCAUUUCAUGCAUUCAGCCCUUUUUACCAGAUAAUGGUUCCACCUCACUUGUAACAGAUUUUCUUCUUCCAUGGUCAGAUCUGAAAACAUUCAAGUCCACAUUCAUUACCAUCCAUGGAUUCGCUCUCAUAGAUUACUUAAGAUAGAUUGAGAUAUGUGAGAUCUGUAAAUUUUUACUUUUAUAUAAAUGCUCUAAUAUUCAGUAAUUUUGAGAAGU